CGCCCGCGCGGCCAGAUGCCGCCCCUCCGCCGGUCCCUCCCUCGGCCGCCUGGCGCCUCCCUCCCUCCCCGCCGCGGUGACUCACGGAGCGGGAGGCGGAGGCUGAGGCGGCCGCUCCCGCUGCUGCUGCUGCUGCUGCUGCUGCUGCUGCUGUGCUGCUGGUGCUGCUGCUGCUCUGCCGCUGCCGCCGCGGCUGCUCGGGCUGUGAGCGCCCAGGAACAGGCCGCCGCGCGCCGCUCUCGGACCCGCAGCCCCCGCCGGCCCUGCCGGGUCGGGCGGCCCAGGGCUGCACCCUUCUAUUCCUCCCCGGCCACAACCCUCCCGUCACAGUUGAGCGCCUGUUUGCCUGAAGGUGAUUUCCAGAAGCAGGAGUUACAAGUGUGUAACCCUAACCCCUCCACGCCCGGCUUCCUCCCCACCGGCUCCUCCUGGAGGGAGGAAACCCUGGGACUGCUCUCCCGGGACCUUUCUGCAGGUCGGGUCCCUGCAGCACCUGGACACGGCUGCUGCCUGCAGGAGCCACCCUGUGACAGGAGUCCCCAGAGCUGGCCAGGGGAUGAACCGCGAGGGGGCCCCCGGGAAGAGUCCGGAGGAGAUGUACAUUCAGCAGAAGGUCCGAGUGCUGCUCAUGCUGAGGAAGAUGGGCUCCAAUCUGACAGCCAGCGAGGAGGAGUUCCUGCGCACCUACGCGGGGGUAGUGAACAGCCAGCUCAGCCAGCUGCCCCAGCACUCCAUCGACCAGGGUGCAGAGGAUGUGGUGAUGGCGUUUUCCAGGUCGGAGACGGAGGACCGGAGGCAGUAGCUGCGAACCCCUUGGAACACCCUGGAAGCUGGCAAGGCCCAGGAGAUCUGUGUGGACCUCACCAGCUGAGUGGCGGAGGGUCACCUUCUCUAGCCCCUGUCCCCCACCCCACCCCCUCCUGUCCUGCCACUCGGGGUCAUCGAGGGGGACACCAGUGGUGCAGUUAUGAUUGGCUUAAAGGGACGGACUCAGAUUGGCUGCGGGAAGAAAUGUUUUUAUUUUUUAAAUCUUGACCAACAGAAACCUUUUUAUUUUUAUUUCUGACUCUUUAUUUUUUAAACAAAAAUUGCGCCUCGGUGUAUGGCUUCCCAGGAAGCUUGCCGAGCUCUGGUGCUUUAUUUAGGUCACUUUUUAGGAAUGUGAAGAGGUCCAAUUGGCUGCUUAAACUGGAAGAGGAUUUUGAUUGGCUGGCUAAUGGGAAAGGGUUUUGUUUUUUUGUUUUUUUUUUUUCUUUGAUUGGCUGCAGGUGUUCUGCGGAUCGCACCAGCUUCUCUCUUUUGAAUGCUGAAAACAGGGUUUGGGACGUUGGUUGUUACAUUUGACUUGAAAAAAAGAAAGAAAGAAACCAAGUGCGCUUUGCAAUAUUUAUUACACAAAAAGCUUGCAGCUGCUUUCCCUGCGUUUUGUGUUUGCAUUUGAUCGGCUUUCCAUGUCUGUGUGUUUGGUGUCCCAUUGGCUGACCUAUGGCUCCCAUUGCCGUGGGCGGACCCCUCUCUGCCAGCUUGAUGACCACACCUGGCUCUGCCAGCAAGGGGACCCCGAGGACCCCCAAGCAGGGUCCACAGCUGGAAAGCAGGGUCCCCAAGGAGGUUUGUGUGGUCCUGAAGGAGCAGCCCAGAGCUUAGAGGUGACCAUUAGCCAGGAUUUAUGUGCAUCGCUUCCAUGGGUUAGCAGCCCGCCAGCUUCCCUUGGUGAGAAUGGAAUCGCUCACACGCUGCCCGACCGGACCUCUCCAGCCCGCCCUUGCCGAGCAGAGAGCGCGGUCUGGGCAGCCCUGUCCUUUCUGCCAUUCCAUCCAUAUCCUAAUUCCUGAGGCCUCAUCUGGGAGCUCCUCCUAUAAGGGUGAGGGGCUGCUCCCAGCUCUGAGACCCCAAAAUGUAGCAGAGGUCUCUGCUUGGGAGCCCAGAAUCCACCCAGCCACCCCAGCUUGGCUCACAACGUCCAGGAGGCCUUUGGCUCCAAACGCACCUCCACCUCCCCCAGCCUCUUCCGGAGGUGACUGCCGCUGGGGCCGUGGGCUUGACCAGCACUCGGAGCUCUGCCAUCCGAGGCCCGGGCCCUUCAUUGCCCUGCCUUCGGAAGGGUCUCUCUCCAUGGCCACCUGGAAGGGACACUGUCGUUGUGUACCUGUGAGGUGCCCACUGGGACCGCUGGCAGGGCCUUCACUGGGCAAGUCCCACCAGGAUGGCCCUUGGCCCUGGCCCACGGAGGCGCAUUGCAGAGCAGUGGUCUUUAACGGGCUUCCGGAACCCGGGGUCUCCCCUCCUGCCCUCCUCCUUCCCCCAGAGGCGGCCUCCUCUGCUCCCUGCAGCCCUCACAGGACUGGGAUCUGAGUGCUGAGUGGGAGGAAGAUGCAGGCCCGGGCAGAGGAUGCUUCCAGCCUGCCCCUCAGGGGGCGGAGGGCCAAGGCCUCCUUCUUGCCCUGGUACCCACAGCCAGGGGAAGCCUCUCAGAGCCAAAUCUGUCCCUUCUCAGUGCUUGGGGCUGUCGUAGAGCAUGGUAGCUGAAUGCCAGCAUGUCCUGGGCCUGAGCCCUGGAGAACCUGUGGCCAGUGGGCCAUUCAACCUGUGCUCUGAGCUUCCCCGAGCCCUGCCCCAGAAAGAGCUGAGUGUCACAACCUAGACACCCAGGUCCUCUGAACCCCCGGGCCCCUGGUGCUGGGUAGCUAAGUGUUAACAUGAAAAGGCCAUUGAUCCCCAGGGGAUGAGGACUGAGCAGGGGCCUGAGAGCAUCUUCCUCUAGGAGGGGCAGUGCGGGCACACACACACUGACACACACACACUCACUUCUAGCUCAGCGGCCUGCAACUCCAGCAGAGCCCCUGGGGAAAGGUGAGCUUUUCAGUCUCCCCCCCGCCCCCCACCAGGCUGUAACAUCUGUUGUCAGGCGGCCGUACUGGUGUUGCCAGCUGCCCCCUCUCCUGGUACCUGUAGGUCCUAUAAAGGGCCCAUGUCCUAGCCUGCAGUCUAUCCCUGCCCCAGCCUGUCCUUGUCAAGGUCAUGGGCCUUCCUCUUGUAACUGUGAUGGCCCUGAUCUGUCUCAUCUUCUGAAGGAGAAAAGUAAAAAUGUUGCUGUGGCUUCAUAUUUCAACUAAAAAUAUAUCUGUUGGAGGAAAAAAAAUUAACAAUAAAGAUUUUUAAUAGUU